GGGGAGUGUCGUCAUUAUACCUUGUAACCAACAGAUAGCUGCCAAGCGGUAGAGAGUGACGUGGUCCAACGCUCACCGUACACACUCCAUCGUCGCUCCCGAGACUACUGAUGUAGAUGGUUCUCAAGGUCGGUAGAUGCUGCUGACGUGUGACUGCAUGAAUAAACAAGAUGGCUUCAGGUUUCAGAUUAAUAGGACAACAGUUGGGUUACACCAGAAAAUUCCUGUCACCGUCUUCUGUUCGAGUUCAAAUCCCCGGAGGGUUUCCAUACGAAGCCUUUGAUGGGGCUGCUCGAAUACGCCCAUGGUCCGUCCUGCAUCUGAUCGACUCCGCACGAGUGUACUUCUGUAUCCCAACCAUCGAUGACACAGACAGAUCGUUUAUUGAUUUCCACCUGUUGUGUCAAAACAACCUUCCUUUCAUAGUGUCACUGAAACUUGAAAUAGCCCCAGCGUUAUAUGACGUAUCAAUUCCGAAAGCACCUAUCAUCGUAGACACGUAUUUGUCCAACAUCGGCAAUUCAUCAUUGGUCCUCGCACACAACGUCAUGCAUCCAGACAUUGCACAACCACUCGCAAAAUGCUGGAUCCAGAACGUCUUCGUUUCCAAGACAUCCCGACAACCCGAAAAUAUCCCUCAGGAAUAUAAAGAAACAUAUGGCCAGUUGUGUGAGGAUGGGAAACCGUUAAUAAUAAAGCCCCUUUCAAAACCAGCCAACAGGGAUUUAAUUUCAUCCGUUGAUAUGAGAGUUUAUGGAAGCGAUACUGACCCGAAUCUGCAUACGAACUACAUAAACUAUCUUCGGUACUGUCUGAAUGGUCUUGCGGCUAUAGCGCACAGAGAGCUUUCUGCAAAUAAACCACCACAUGACCUUAAUCAUUACGUUAAGUCAGCGUCCAUGCUCUAUCAAAAGGAGAGUUUGGUCGGGGAUGAACUGGUAGUUGAUGUGUGGAAAGAUGGAGGAAACAGUGAUGCUCUCAAUUUUGAAAUUUUGAAACAGGAUUCGAGGUUGUUUCAAUCUAAAAUUGAAUUGCACACUGAUGAUAUAUGUAAGUAGGCUAGGUUUGACCUGUAUGAAUGGUGUGUUAUUUCACAGGAUGGACACAGCCACUGUAACUGCAACUCCUUGUUAUUGGAAUUAUUAUCACUAAAAAUGCCAGGGUUGUUUUCGGGUGUAUCACCAAAAAUUAAAUCUGGAAAUGUUAAAGAACAGUAUAUUUUAAUGAUUUUUGUACAAGAGCUGUCGUAUCAGAAUGAAUUUAAAAAGAAAAUGAUAUGAUGAUAUUAAGGAAAGUAAUAAAGAAAGUGACUCUUC